AAGAAUCAGAGUUUGAUCACACUGUUAAAGGAAAUCGUCUUGGUGUACUCAGUAACAAGUGAUAAUAAAUGAAAACGACCAGACAAACGAAAAUGUAUCAAGGCCGUCUUCGCUUAAGACCAUGGCUGGAGGAACAGAUACGAUCUGACAAGUACCCAGGACUGGAGUGGGUAGAUGAGAAGUCAGGAAUGUUCCAGAUUCCAUGGAAGCAUGCAGCACGUCAGGGCUGGAACAUUGAGAAGGAUGCAAGCCUUUUCAGAAACUGGGCAAUGCACACAGGGAAAUACAAACCAGGCAUCGACAAUCCAGACCCCAAGACAUGGAAAGCCAACUUUAGAUGUGCUCUGAAUUCACUGCCGGAUGUGAAGGAACUUCACAACAAGAGUAUCAAGAAAGGAAACAAUGCCUUUAGGGUCUACUUAAUGCUGCCAUCCUUUAAAAUCCCCAAGAAGAGAAAAGUUGUGAAAGAAGAGAUGUACAGUGACGUGCAAACAGCACAAGACUGCUCAUCUUAUCCAUCAGACAUUCCCAGGACAGACAGCUACCACCCUCUCGAGGAAUUUAAUGUGGCCUUCUCUAAAUAUAUGGAUGCUGCAAACAUGCAAAGCAGAUAUAAUCCUGCUGCCUGCCACAACAUAAACAGCUACUGCCCGAUCCAAACAAUGAAAACCCAAUCCCCAGCCAACCAGAGCCUUUCUUACAGCUUCACAGACAAAGCCAAUAAAGGGAGUUCCUCCAUUCAAGAUGAGCACUCAGAUGCUGUACAGCAGAUAGUCGACCACCUGACAAAUAUGGAUCAAUGGAAUGAUUCGUAUGGCAACAGUAAAAAUUCCAGGUCCUUUGUCACUUCGCCAUGGUUAAGUUUUUUCAAUGAAGGGAUCGGACAGCCAGGACACUCAACACAAGCUGACUUCUCUAUGGGGAAUGAAGGACCGAAGCCUUUAUUUCCUGAUAAUUUAUGCUGACAUUCAACCAUGAUCUCCAGCAAGUGACACAAGAGAAGGGGCUGAAUGCGUUUAUACGGCAGAUAAUAGCGUAAUGUGGACAGCGAAUUUCAAGCCUGUGGAAUCAGGGAAAGUAACUUUGUACUGGAAUAUGGACUACCCUCCAACAAUAAUUGGGAAUUGUUUGCAUGAACCUGGCCAAACAGAGGUCAGAAAUAUCCAAACCAUAUUGGUGAAGACCAUUCACCAGCAUGAAACCAGAUCCCACUGCAGACACAGACACCUCCAUCAACUUUCAACAAUACCUGGGUUCAUCCCUGCAUCUUCUCACUGAUCCACAGUCGGUGUUCCUUGUCCCACUAAUGAGAGGCUUGUGUGCAGCUCCUUGGUAACCAAGUUCAUGAAUGAAUUUUCAUACAGACAGCUUCUUGAAACGAUGCAGCCUUGGCUCUCAUUUUGUUCCUCUCCAGUAUCCUCUUGCCUCUUCGGGUUAUUUUUGCCAUGCAGCACUGGAAGCAGAUAGUGUCGGUUUUCUUCCAUGAGGCCACAACAAACUACUGACUUUGGGAUUCCGGUUAGCUCAGCAAUCUCACAUAGAGACUAAUGCAGGACCCAAUGGUCAUUCCACAUUAUGAGUCAGCUUUGGUUUGGUCUGGGAGACAGUUCUAGGCUUCAGAAUCCAAUUAUGAAGGCUUCAUCAUAAUUAAAUAAGCAGUUAUUAAGAUAUAUGUAAAAACUGUGUGACAAGGGCAGGGUGCCUCCAUACACCCCCAGAUUCAUGUGGCAUAGCAGUCUAAUCAAUCUGAUCUACUUUUUAAUAAUAGUACAGCAAUUGUCAGAAUAAAUUGCUUUAGGAUAUAGCAUACACUGAUGAUAUCCAAACUUUAGACAUGUCACACUUGAUUUAUCUUGCAAUUCAACUGAAAACUGGAUUUGUGACAGAUUUGUGAAUACUGAACUGCGGAUUUGUCAUUCACCAAAUCAGUAGCCCAUUGCUUCCUCACUGAAAGGGGUUUUAAGUAAAGAACUCAAAAUGCGCUGUUAAGAAUGGAAUGAAAUAUUGAAUCUUUUGACGUCCAAUGUAACCAAAUGGUGAAGGGAGACAAAGCAAGGAAAUGCAUCUGUAUCUGAUUUCUCUCAGCAGUAUAUGUACUUGACCUUCAAUUAUAUAACAAAACCUUAAAUAAAUCUGCAUAUCUUAAACUGCGGUUGGGCUUAUC